AUGGCGACAGCAACGGUCACCGAGUUGAUCACCAAAACUGUCAACGGCACGGCGGCGUCCAGCACCAGCACACUCAGAGCAGCUCCGCAAGGCGGUGUCUUCGAGCAUGUCAACCCGUCUCGCUUUGAUCCCAAGAAUCCUCUCAUCCUGUUCAUCAUCCAGGCUAGUAUUGUCAUCGUCCUGUGCCGGCUCAUUCACAUACCACUCGCGUAUUUGAGGCAACCUCGAGUUAUCGCCGAAGUUGUCACUGGUAUCCUAUUAGGGCCAUCAGUCUUUGGUAGGAUUCCAGGCUUCACGUCACAUAUCUUCCCCCCAGCCUCAAUGCCGGGUUUCCUCCUUGUUGCCAAUAUCGGACUGGUUUUGUUCCUAUUCCUGGUCGGCCUAGAGGUCGAUUUACGGUUCCUCCUGCGUAAUUGGCGGGUCGCAGUGAGUGUUGGGGUUGCUGGAAUGGCGCUUCCCUUUGGUUUUGGAGCCGCUAUCGCCUGGGGGUUGUACCAUGAGUUCCGGGAUGAGCCUGGCACAGCUGCUAUUAGCUUUGGAGUAUAUAUGCUCUUUAUCGGCGUGGCCAUGGCAAUCACUGCAUUCCCGGUCCUCUGUCGGAUCUUAACGUCCCUGGACUUGGUCGGGACACCUGUCGGUGUCAUUGUCCUCUCCGCUGGAAUCGGAAAUGAUGUUACGGGCUGGAUUUUGCUUGCUCUUUGUGUGGUCCUCGUGAAUUCCAGCACUGGAGUUACUGCAGUGUGGAUCCUUCUUGUCUCACUUGGAUACGUCCUUUUUUUGACCUUCCUCGUGCGACCGUGUUUCAUGUAUCUUCUUCGACGAACCGGAAGUCUGGCUAAUGGCCCCAGCCAAACCAUGGUCGCCCUGACGAUUUUACUUACUCUCGCCUCGGCUUUCUUCACCGGCAUUAUUGGGAUUCAUCCUAUUUUUGGGGCCUUUGCGAUCGGCCUGAUGUUACCUCACGAUGGAGGUUUCGCCAUUAAGCUGACAGAAAAGAUCGAGGACCUUAUCAGCGUUCUUUUUCUGCCCUUGUAUUUUGCGACGUCUGGUUUAAGUACCAAUUUAGGCCUCCUCGACAGCGGCAUUACUUGGGCCUACGUGGUGGGCAUCUGCGCAAUUGCCUUCAUUACCAAGGUGACGGGUGGAACGUUGGCAUCACGUUUAAACGGCCUCGUUUGGCGAGAAUCUUUCGCCAUUGGCUGUUUGAUGUCAUGUAAAGGCGUCGUCGAGUUGGUUGUGCUGAAUAUUGGUUUGCAGGCUAAAAUCCUCAGCACCCGGACUUUCACUAUGUUUGUCGUCAUGACACUCGUUACUACCUUUGCCACAACGCCACUGACGAUGUGGUUAUAUCCCCCUUGGUACCAGAAGAAACUGGAAAUGUGGAAGCAAGGGAAGAUCGACUGGAAUGGCAAUCCAAUUCACCACGAUGACUCCGACGACGGCGCCCGGGUAAAGGCAAAUGUCGCUCAACGAGUUCUGGUUUACCUUCGACUCGACGGCCUCGCAAGCAUAUUUACCCUGGUGUCACUCUUCGCUCAUGAUCCAGAGAGCAUCGCCUCUACAGCGCCGCCGCCUACCGAUGGUCUGGUGGGCCGAGACGAUCCUGUGGCGCAGAAUUUGCAUACUAUGGGAUCAGCUGUCGCCCUUCGCCGGCCCCUAAGUAUGCACGGCUUGCGUCUUAUGGAGCUCACCGACCGAGAAAGUAGUGUGAUGAGAGUUUCUCAGGUUGAAGAGUUCGCGCCCCGAGACCCUGUCAUCAAAACCUUUGGUGCAUUUACGCAGUCAUGCGGUAUCUCCGCCAAUGGGCAGAUUGCCGUGGUCCCAGGACCGUCAUUCUCGAGCAGCAUUCUAUCGCGUGCACGCGAACUCGGGUCGCAAUUGGUCCUCGUUCCAUGGUCCGAGUCGGGAAACAUGUCAGACUAUCCAAGCCCUUUCGAUGAGAAGCCAGCCGAUCCACUCGCAAACAAGGAGUUUACGGCCUUCAUGGGCGAGCUCUUUAAACAGGCGAAUUCGACUUGCCAUGUGGCUGUUUUUAUUGAGCCAAGCAUUUUCCGCAGAUCCAACAUUCCGUCUCUUGAGACUCUUUCGGACAAGCAGCCCCGGCAGUCGAGCCGCAUGCUGACGGAAAGGAGCAUGACCGAACCUACCAAUCACGGUGCGCGACCAAAACCCGCAACCGGUAGAAGAUGUAGGCUUUUUUGUUUAUACACUGGCCAUGAUGAUGAUCUGUUCGCCGUACGGCUGGGACUGCAGCUCGCAAAGAAUCAAAAGGUGGACCUACGAGUCCUCGUUGCGCGGGCGUUUGAAGAUGACGAAGAGGAGGAUCUCAAAGACAUUGGCGGCUCGUCACUAGCCGACCAUGAUUUCCUCCUCCUUCGCAACUCUGUCGACGAGGCCAUCGCGAAAAGGGUCUCGUUCGACGAUCUCCCUCUCCCAAGUCUCGAAGCUGUCUCAACGGCUGUUGCGGACCCCAGUGCUGCUGAAACGAUCAUGAUCGUCGGCCGCCGCACCGGAGACCUAGCCGUCGAAGCUGCUCCAUCCCGCUCAGAGGAAAUAGCAGAAAGCUCGCGAUGUGAUGAGUCUCACGUGUUGGGGACGACGGCCAUGAACUUGAUGAAGGCUGCUAGGGACAAGGACCUUGGUGCUGGGUUCCUGGUUGUGCAGGCCUGUAGUCGUGGUGAAUGA